CCAUGGCGUUGGUGGUGGUGGUUGGUUCUCUAUUUUUUUUAGCAGCCCCAUCAUCAUCAACUCGGCUUCCCUUCCUUUUCGUCGUGCUCUCCCUCUUUCGGUUUGUUGUUGUCCUCCAAUUGUGUGAAAAGUCCACUCUUUCUUUUAUACCACGGAUGGACGACGACGACGACGACCUGCCAUCCCAGAGUCCACUUUUUUAUACUUAUAUUUAUUAAAUUUAUUCAACCCGGAAUGAUGAUAAGCACAAUUUUAAAAGCAGAAAUUUAAAUAAUAAAAAAACGAGAGAGAGAAAGAGAGAAACGUAUUUAUCCUGGUACUCUUUUUUUUUACCCUGCCCGGUGGUUGGUUCGCAGUUUUAAUUGAAAUUAAUAAUUAAAUGUGCCACGAUUUGUGGGGACACGAGACACGCUAGUUUGUUGGUGGUGGUGGUGGUGGUGGCAGAGACGUGAUAACAAUUUAUUUCAAUAUUCUUCAUAGUAAAUUAAUUCGUAGGAAGAAGAAUGCGGAAUGAAAGUUGUGACAAAAUUGUAAUAACCAAGUUCUUCGUGGUGGUGGUGGUGGUGGUGGCGAUGGUGAAAGGUGUAAUUCUUCUUACAAGUUAAUUUUUUUGUUAGUUGUGCCAUUUAUUUAUUUACAUAUUUAUUAUUAUUUACGUGGGGAAGUCAAGUAAUAAAAAAACAAGAGAAUAAUAUGACAGCAAGCAAUAUAGUAAAUGAAAUACAAUAAAAUUUUUACAAAUAUACAAGUUGGAGGAAUGCAUUGCCGGAUUUUUAAUAGUUUUGAACUCUAUCUGCGCCCACGUUAGGAGAUAAAUUUAAUGAAAGAAUUUACACUGUCUGCGCGCUGUAGUUAUUGAACUUGUGCCUAGAUUUGGAAUUUUGGGAAGAAAUAAAAAGAAAAAGUUCUAAAAAAAGAAUUUGUGAUUGGGUUGAGGAAAAAAAAGUGAGAGUGUCGACGACGACGACGAGGAUAACUCUUCUGGGAGAGGAUCAGUCCUACAUCCGGACAAGAAAAUGUGAGGCGGAGGUCAACCGUCGUCCCCCACCGCCAGUUAAUUAUCAGUAGUGAGUGAGUGAACAUGAGAAAAGAUGAUAAAGAUGGACAAACAUUUUUAAUUGUAACGUCAAAAAGGUGACGACACGAUGGUGUGACGGGAAGAAAUUCGUCAAGUUGACGACGAUUCACGAUUUUUUUAGUCGUCGUUUAGUUUAGUUAAUAUUUUUUUUAACGAAAUCACAAUCAAAAAAGUUAGUCGACACGAAAAGUUUUGAUCUCUAUUCACUAUUUUUAUUUGGCGAGGAAAUAUAACGACAAUAAUAAAAAAAUAAUAAUAAUGAAAUGACCAUUACAUAUUUAAAUACUUAACAGUUGAUUAUUAUUAUGAUUUACACUUAUUAAUGUUAUUUUCGCUCAGUUUAUUCGAAUUUAAACGAUAUUUUUGUUCUAAAUUAUGAAAAAAGAUCUCUCUUUUUAUUUCAAAGAAUUGUGAAUUAAUAAUUGUAUCAAACUUAACUUACCUGGCUGAACUUUGAUAGAGUUUUAUUUACACUAUUACGGCAUAAUUACUGAUAAGGUAGAUUAUCUCAUCACAUCACACGUACAUAUAAUAUUGCAUAAUAAAACUGGAGACUUGCAGAUAUUAACAAAACCAAAGUUACAAAGUCAGAGAAUUAAUUAGUAAAGAGAUAUUUAAAUGAAAAGCAGCCAAAGGCAUUACAUUUUUAAUUAAUUAAUUGAUUAAUUAGUUUCUUUUUUGUUUGAGGGAGAAAAAAAAGAAAGAAAAAAAUUGUAUAUUUUAUUAUUUCUUGUUAGUUAAAAUAGUUAGUUCAGUUAAAUAAAUUAGUUAAAAAACAAAAUUAAUUAUGGUCGUGAACGAAGAAAGAACUACUUCGUAGUCCAAAAUUAUCUACCGUCCUUGAUGAAUGAUCAUGCACAGUGUGAGUAGUCCCUUCAACAUGCGUCAAUAUAACUUGAGCGUGAUGAAGCCUCCGGUGAGUAAAAGUGCGGUUCAAACCACUUCGUCGUCGUCCAACUCUAAUAAUAAUACGAACAAGUCCACAUACACCAACGCUGCAAAUUCAUUGGAUCUCUUACGACAAAAUAUUCAACGAAAUAUUAACCACGAUAUUCAAGAAGUUAUUACAAAGUAUUUAAAUAUAUUUUUCAAGCAAGGGAUUGAAAACAUACGGAAUAAUCUGGGCCCCGACUCGGUUACGGAUGACCAUAUUUCCAACAUGUGUCGCCAAAUAUUGGAUGAGGCGAAGCACAUGUAUCCCCUCAAUCCGAUGGCGUUGGGGAGUGGGAAGAUUUUGGUGGAAACUUCAAUGCCAACUCUCAACCAUCAUCAUCACCAUCAUCAUCACGACAAUGCGGACCAGAAGCUCUUCAGUGCCCCCAUCGUACCUCAACAACAACAACCCCUCCUCCAACAACAGGUCAUGAUUAAUAACCAAAUUAACCAGCAAUUACCAAACGUCCCGGAUACCAAGCUGCCAUUAACGAGCCCGUCGUCCUUUGGAAUUAAGCGAGAGUCAGAUACCGACUCGGAAGCGAGUUGUAUGUCCAAUGCUAGCAAAAAGGUGAAAAAGUCGUCGUCUAGCAAAGUCAACAAUGGGAACUCAAGUGCCACUGGGGGAGGAGGAGGAGGAAAUAAAAAGAGCAAUAAUAAUAACAGUAGCGAUAAUAGCACGUCUCCUCAAAAACCUAAAAAGCCGUCCGGUCCUUCUCGGAAACACGUCGUGUUGUGGGACUCUAGCAGGCUCACGAUUGACACCAUGUUCAUCAUGGGAGCAAAGGCAAAUAAAGCCUUAGGAUUUGCCCAAACACGGGGACGCUUGUACGUUAAGCAUCCCGGUUUGUUUAAGUACGCAUCUGAUUCCGACGACAAGGAGUGGUUGUCGAAAAACAAGUUAAUGCCGGCUACAGGCGGAAGAGCGUACAUCAUGUUGUUGGAGGACAUUGAAAAGCUGGCCAAGGAUAACACACUGAACGUCACGAUAAACUACGAGGACAUUUUAGGCUUUAAAGUUCCCGACUUUAUAUUGGAAAAGAUGAAGAAUUACAUCGCAAACUGGAAGAAAACGUACGCCGAGGAGGACGAAAAGAGCGCGGCAGCCCAUCGGAACCGCCCCAAUAAGUCAACUCCGUCAUCCUCUUCGUCCUCGUCAUCUUCCUCCAAUCUUACCGUUCCUCCUCCUCCUGCGCCUCCCACAUCUCAAGCAGCUCAUCUCACCCCACUCAACUCAUCAUCCGUGCCUCACUCCAAUCAUCUCCUCAAUAAUAACGUGAUUGCGAAUAACAGUAUGACACCAAAUGUCAAUGCAGCUCCCAAUAAUCCUCCUACUCCCUCCUUGCUGCCCGACAUGCAGCAGCAAUAUCAAAAACAGCAGCAACAACACCACCAAAAUCACGUCGUUCCGCAACCAAGCCUUAAUAAUUUUAUAACUGGGAACGCUUCGACGAAUGUUUUGUACGAAUCAUUCUCAGCCCCUCAAGCCCACGAGAUUCCCGAAUAUAUGCAUAUUGACAAGCCCCCACCCAUGUAUCCUGGUCAACCUCCGCCUCAGCAGCAGCAGCAGCACCAAACUAUGCAAACUAUGAGUACUCCCGGUGGUGGAAAUUACACGAUCCACUCAAAUCAGUUGGACCCAAUUGAGCAAGCAAUCAGCAAAGGGGACUGGUCUCAAGUGUCGGACCGAAGCUUGUUGCAGUAUGCUUUACAGAGUACAAGAAGUAUUGGAUCCUGGGACCCUCAAGAUUCUUUCGACCUCAUCGAAUCCGUAACUAACGGAGGUCUUGUCUCCUUGGGUGGUGUAGGUGGUUCCGGUCCCGGUGUAGGAACUGGUAACGGUGGCGUCGGUGACACGACGUCCUCCUCAAUUUCAUCCCCCCUCAUGCAAAUAUCAUCUCCGACCGGUGGCGGUGGUGGUGGCGGUGGUGGUCACCCACCCCUCGGCCCUAACUGUGAACUUAGUGCCGUACUGGAUCAAGUAUCAGCUUUCCAAUACACAGAAACUUAAAACAGGGCAAUCAACCAUAAAUAGAGAAGAAGAUGCAGAUACAGAACCACAAGUUAUUUUAUACACGAAGAAAAAGAUAUAAGUUUUAUUACACGAUAUGUAUUACUACCAAAUAGAUAUAGAUAGCCACACAUUCUAAAACUUUAAUCUCAACUAUUUUCGCACAACCAAACCCCACAGUUUCAAUUAUAUUAUUAGUAUUACAUACACGAAAUGAAGACAGGAAGCUACUCUCUUAUUACAGUCAGAAUAUUUAUUUCCUGCUACAAGAUUUUAAAAUACUUUUAUUUCCGUCGUUUUAUUGCUCUGUUCGACUCUCCAUUCUCACUAAUACGGAAUACGAGAGGCGACAACCACAUAGAAAUUUUUGAUGUGAGACAUAUAUAUAUAUAUAUAUAUAUAAUUAUUCAAAUAGUUAAGUACAUAAUUAUCCUGCAAUUCAGAAAUGGGUAGAGGUAAACAAGCUGCACAAAACUUAUUUGAUUAUACAAUAUGGAAAUUAAGUUAAAAAAUCAGACAAGUACGUACUUGUCUGAGUAGUAUAAGUACUUAUACUACUUGAUACAUAGAUAAGAAACCCGUAUGAAAAUUUACCGGUUGAAAAUUAGUCAAUUUUUCUGCAGACGAGACGUGUAAAAUUCUGCGCAAUUUUUCUGCCUAAACUUUUCCGCAGAAGGUCAAUAAAUAUACCGAAUAUUUUUCUGCGGAAUUAAAUCAUGCAGAAAUUUCAUGCACAAUUCGCGUCUCUUUCGCAGAAAAGUGCCAAAUUUUCCGCACGUGAAUUUUCAUACGGCAAAAGGGCCGUGGACACGGGAUGUGACGCAUAUUUUAACCCCUCCGGUGGCAACUUUUUAACCUUUUACCCUAGAAAAAGAGAGGUCACAUCCCUUCUCCACGACCCCUCUCGGUAGACACCACAAUGAAAAUGCCUUCUUCUCGAUCAUCACCAGACCAGACCAUAAAUAAUUAGAAUGCGAGACUCAGCGCAGAGAGUGAGUAACAUGUGCCGUGUGGGGUGGUGGGUCGUCAGCUACACUAAAUACUUGACUUUUACUUGCUAUAGUACAUAUAUUAUUCUGUUACAGAGGAAUAGAGUCGCUGUUGCUGGAAAAUAAUAUAUUUAAAAAUAAUCUACACAUUAUCAUUACGUAAUCUUGUUCUUGUGUUACAUAGUGUUAAAAGAAGGUGGUGGUAGCAGUGGCGUGCGUAUGGCUGGUGGAGAAUUCUAGUUUUUAUGAUGAAAGAAAUCUAAAGUUUGAUCUCUUUACGGAAAAUAUUAUGUCAUCUCAAUAAUAAAAGUAAAAUAUUGAAACAGAAAAA